AUGACAGGCCAAAUAUCAAUACCCUACUCAGCCAAUAGAGGCACCAUCUACUAUCAUCCUCCAAAUCUUCAAGCGGUAAAGAAACGCCAAACGAGUCUUCCUACACCACCUUGCCGACCUAGACAGCGUCGACCUCAUUCUAUACAUAUUACUCGUCUACCCGCAGGCGUUGUACCGUUUGAUCUGCGACCUCCAUCAUCUCCGGCACAGCCCAAGAAACCAUCCCGGGCCAAAUCCCAACUCAACAAGCUGGCUUCUCGAGAGAGUGCAAAGCGUGUGCUAGGAUCGGUUUUCUCGCCGUUUUCAUCCCCCAAUAGUACAUCAUCCUCGGCCGCAUCUUCCACGAGACCACCGAGCCCACAGGUCAGCCGUUCACAGUCAGUACGGACUAAUUCAGGAGAUCGUCGAAGUAUAUUCUCAAGAAGGGCCCAGUCCAGUUCUGGUUUGGAGGCUGGGUCGGAAGCAGGAAUGAUGAACGGACCCGGGCCCAGUAAUAGGGACUCGUUAGGUAUCGAAAAUCGACCUUUUGGGAACGAUCAGACCGACUCCGACUUGAGCCUUCGAAACGUGAAGACGCUUCCAAACGCGGGUGUUGGGGAGAACGAGAAACCUGUUGCGUCAGGUAAUGGGUUAUCUGUCUCUAUUCCCUUCGCUGAACCUAUUGUAUAUCUGAGUGGUUUGGAUCACGACGGCACGACCCGCGAUUCUCCCAACUCAAUUGGGAUUCUCCGUGGCAAGGUACGACUUAACGUUACCAAAAGUGCCAAAAUCAAGGCGAUCACAUUAACUUUCAAAGGAAGAGCGCGAACCGAAUGGCCUGAAGGAGUGCCGCCAGCUAAAACCGAAACUUUUCAGGAAGAGUCACUUCGAACACAAGUUCUACCAUUUUUCAAUGCUUUGUAUGAAGGCUCCGAAGUUGGUUAUGGAACUCAAUGCAACUACUAUCUACGGGAUAAAUCUGGGACGACGACCAUAACGGCUCUCGAUUCGUCGAGUUCUGGAAUUUCGACAUUACUCGGUGCUAGAAGUAGAGCAAACACCCUCAUGUCAUCCAAAGAGUCAAAAAGACUGUCACUACAUAAUAAUCAAUCCCGUAGUUUCCAAAAGGGGGAUUCACCAAACGGUCCCACGCCCCAACAGAGAGGCUAUAAGACUUUCCAUCCCGGGGUAUACGAGUACAAUUUUGAGAUCCCGAUUGACAAUAAUUGUCCAGAAACCACCAAGCUGCCAUCGGCUACUAUAACGUGGCAAGUGGAGACGCUGGUAGAAAGGGCGGGUGCUUUUCGUGCAAAUCUUUUUGGAGUUAAAGAAGUACCGGUCAUAAGAACACCAACUAUCGAGUCACUGGAGCUAGUCGAACCUAUUUCGAUCAGUAGGAAUUGGGAUAACCAGUUGCAUUACGAUAUCAUGAUCUCCGGGAAAUCUUUCCCCAUAGGUUCCAGGAUUCCUAUCGCUUUCAAAUUGACCCCUUUAGCAAAAGUGCAGGUUCACAAGAUCAGGAUUUACAUCACCGAGUCUAUUGACUACACCACUAGUGACCGAACAGUUACUCGGAAAGACAAGUCACUUAAGAAAAUAUUACUGCUGGAGAAGCUGGCGGGGAAACCUCUCGCGAAAGAGUACAAAUCCUCGGAAGUACGUGUUCUCCGUGGAGGCGAGCUUUCUGUCGAAGAUAGAGCUCUUGCGCGUGCGGCUGCACAAAAAGAAAGAGAGAGAGUAGCAGUACAGUUCGGCAGAGAUCCGGAGCCUCUACCUGAACAAUCCGAGAAUAUAUUAGGUGAUAUCGACCUCGGACUUGACCAUUUCGCCGGCUCAACGGAAUUGGAGAUGUCAGUUCAAUUACCAACUUGCGAGAUGAUGGAAAAGGAGAAAUCAAAACGUAUCAAUCACGAUUGCUCAUGGAAGAACGUCAGAGUACACCACUGGUUCAAGAUUACCAUGCGUAUAUCCCGUUCAGACCCUGAUGAUCCUGAGGGCAAAAAGCGUCGUCAGUUCGAGAUCUCUAUCGAUUCCCCUUUCACUAUCCUCAGCUGUCAUGCGUCCCAACCGCAAAUGGCUUUACCUGCAUACUGUGAUCUCGGUGGUCAGAAUGUUCGCUCUCAGAGGCAACGCGUAUGUGGUUGUCCUAAUGCGGCCAACACAGAAAAUCCGUCUAUAACAUCAGCCUCAAGAGCCUCUUCUCUUGAUAAUUUGAGACAGACUUUUGGAUCCUCGGCGAUUGCGCGUCCAGAAACCGCGCAACCUCUAACUCGACCACCGCAAGCACAUCUUGCAAUCAAUACGGCAGUUCAACGCCCCAUGCACAUGAUACGCAACCCAAGUUUUGCUGCUCCUGAUUAUGAGGCCGAGGAAGCCCCGCCUCCAAUGCCGACGCCGACGCCCCCACCUAUGUAUGAUCAUGUGGUCGGUACGCCUAGCGUCGACGGGCUUGCCGAUUAUUUUUCAAGAUUGGCUGAUUAUGAGGAGGAAGAUCACACGGAUGACGAGGACGUUGAACGGGCUUCGAUUCGUGGCCGUGUGAAUGUUGUCCAUCCCAAUACACCGGGAGGACGGAUCGCUCGAAGUAUGGAUAUCAAUCGAGAUUUCAUGUUCAACUCGGCAGCUCUGAAUAGCAGAAUUGGCCGUGGUGGAAACGCAGCUGGAAGUGGAAGUAGAGACCCGAGUCCAACGAAUAGGGGUAUAGAUGAGGUGGAAGAUUUGGGUCGUGGCGUUUCCGGUAUAUCCGGUAAAAUCGAAACACCCCAAGGUUGGAUGUAA